AACCCAAACCCAUAUCCGCGGUCUUCAUUUUGAUGAGGGAUCACCAAUUGUAAUUUUCAUUUAAAAAAAUUUAUAAUGCACAAUUACUAAUGAAUUACGAGUCUUUUCCUAAGCAAACAUGGACCCCUUAAUUUUCAUUAAAUUUCGAAUCUAACCGUCUGGGUUAUUUCUUUGUGAAAUACUUGUUAAUAUACAUGAAAAAUGACAAAAAUGUCAUUUUUAGGCUCUCCCACUAACUAGCUCUAUUAAUAAAUCACAUAAUAAUGUCGUAACUCAUAGGGGCACUGAUUUAAUUUCGGUAGAUGAUAGAAAGUUCAAUUUAGGAGCGAAUAUCAGUGUGAUCAAUUCACGAUGUGAUAGAUGUUCUCAUCCUCACAUUACUAUAUCACUAGAUCACCUUAUUCACAUAUUCUCUCAAGCUCCAUUUGAUCUUUAUUUAUGUUUUAGAGUUUGAAAAUAAGAUUCAUGAUAUCCAAUUUCGCUAUUAAUAAGUAAAAAUCUAACAAAAGUUAAUCAAAUAAGAAUAAUAAAUAGGGUGGUAAAAAAAACUCCUUAGAUACUAUAGAUUCCACAUCUUUCAACAUCUUUCAUAACCAACAAAAGAGCUAGCAGUAUGCCAGGCACAUAAUAAAAGAUUUUGGGAGAAAUCAUUUUCAUUGUUAUAGAAGCAGUACUCUAACUCUCUAAGUAUCAUAUCAAUAAUCGAAAUUCUUAGAUGUAUUUCUAAAAUAUUGAUCCUUAUAUGCUUAGCACUUAGGAGCAGUUUUUUUAAAGUUUUAAAAGAAUAUUUAAAAAAAUAUGUUUACUGUGAAGAAAGUUUGUAAUAACAAUAACAAUGAUGAAUUGAUGAUACUUAGAUAGUCCACACACUCUCUCUCACUCACACCUGAGCUUAUGCCUAUUUGCUUGUUAAUUUUGUGCACAGAAGACAUAACAAACUCACCCGCCUUUCAGUCCUCGCUCUGAUUCUCGCCCCGUCUAUUUAAAUUACACAACUCCAUUUUCGUUUCCCACACUUUUCAAUCCCCCCUCCAUUUUCCUCUCCCUCCUUCCCUUACUCUCUUCGAGAAAAAUUCAAAUCCUGCACACUCAAAAUUCAGCCAAACACUCUGCGAUUUCCCCAAACAACACAAAAUGCAAUCGAGCUCAGCAGAUCUCAGCGGCUGAUCUCACAACCAGAGCGUUCUCUCAUGGAGACUAAACGCCACUCGCUCUACUCCGUCUCCAUGCUUCCUUCCACAUCCGUUUUGUUACUCUGCUCGGUUCUGAUCGCCUCUGCGUACUACUUUUGCUCCUACGACACUAGCUCGCUUGACCUUCUCCGCUUCGCUCCCCGUUCUCAAUUCGAAUCGUCCGCUGAACGCAGCAGCAGCGCCGCCGCCGCCUCUGUUUUCCCCGUCGUUGAGCUUCGGACGAAGGUGAUCACCUCAAAUCAAAUCAACGCCGUCCGCUCUGCUGCUCGCUCCGUCGUCACCAACCGUCACAGAAGGAACGCCACGAGUAGCAGCAGUACUACUACAGCUGCAAUUGAACUGGAGAAGAAACGUCGAAAACCGAUUAGCAGAGGAGAAGAACUGGAGCGAGGACUUGCUCGAGCUCGAGCUUCAAUCAGGAGAGCAGCUAUGGCAGCGGAUCAUCAAAAUUCAUCUAUCGGAAGAGACGAGGAAUUCAUCGGCGGAAGCGUUUAUCGCAACUCCAGAGCAUUUUACCAGAGUUAUGUGGAGAUGGAGAAGAGGAUGAAGGUGUACGUGUACAAGGAAGGGGAGCCACCAAUAGUCCACGACGGGCCGUGCAAGGACAUAUACACCAUAGAAGGCCGGUUCAUCCACGAGAUGGAGCACGGUGCGGGCAAGUUCAGGACGGAAGACCCGGAGCGGGCGCACGUCUACUUCAUGCCCUUCAGCGUGACGUGGAUGGUGAAGUAUCUCUACACCCCACUCUCUUACAACCUCACGCCACUUCGGCACUUCGUGGCGGAUUACGUUUCAGUCAUCUCCACCAAGCAUCCCUUCUGGAACCGGACCCUCGGCGCUGACCACUUCAUGCUCGCUUGCCAUGAUUGGGGGCCCCACGCGUCGAGAGGCAGCCCACUCCUCAACCACAACUCAAUCCGCGUCCUCUGCAACGCCAACACCUCCGAAGGCUUCACCCCGCGAAAAGACGUCAGCCUACCCGAAAUCCACCUCUACGGCGGCAACAUCCCCACCCAGCUCCGCUCCCCGCCGCCGCCCUCCUCCCACCGCCCCCACCUCGCCUUCUUCGCCGGCGGCCUCCACGGCCCGAUCCGCCCCAUCCUCCUCCGCCACUGGAAGGACCGAAACGACACCGACCUCCGCGUCUUCGAGUACCUCCCCAAGGCCUCCCCGCUCGACUACCACACCUUCAUGCUCCGCUCCAAGUUCUGCCUCUGCCCCAGCGGCCACGAGGUCGCCAGCCCAAGGAUCGUCGAGGCCAUCUACGCCGAGUGCGUCCCCGUCAUCCUGUCGGAGAGCUACGUCCUGCCCUUCAGCGACGUCCUGCGGUGGGAGGCCUUCUCCGUGCAGGUCGGAGUGUCGGAGAUUCCGAGGCUGAAGGAGAUUCUCGGCGGGAUUGGUGAGAGGGAGUAUUUGAGGCUGAAGAGUGGGGUGAGGAGUGUGAGGAGGCACUUCGUGCUGAACCAGCCUGCUAAGAGGUUUGAUGUCUUCCACAUGAUUCUGCACUCCGUUUGGCUUAGGAGACUUGAUCUGAAAAACCUAAUUGCCUGACGACCUAGCCGUGUCUUGCUAGUAUCCCUCUUAUUUUUCCUGAUUUUUUUUUCCCCAGUAAUUUCCUACACGUACGUCUAAUGCGUGCAUGCAGGUUAAUUAGCGAUAAUUUCCUUUUUUGUUUCCUUUAGUUCUAUAUAAGGUAAGGAGGUGGGAUAUGACGAUUAAAAUGGUUUGUAUACUUUGUUAUGUACUUCAAACGAGCUGUAGAGAAAAGUAUGAAGAGGUGAUGUAGUUAGCAAAUUGGAAAGUAUGUGACAGUGUGGCAUAUGUUCUUUUUCCCCCUUUCCGUUUCUCAUCAACAACUAUAUUUCUAGUGAGAUUGACUAGCAGCGAAUUGCCACUAUCAUACCAUCGCGACAACAAAGUAACUCAACUAUCAAAGGGUCAAAUUCGAAUAAUUAUUCGAUAUUCUUGAGCUGUUUUACGAGCUCAUAUGCGCCGGUGUUCAUAGGUAUAUCCGUUGAAUUUUUAUCGAUCAUAUCGUUGAAGAUAUCAGUUCAGUUUGUAGUAUGAAAGAAAUUGUUAAAGGUGACAAAUCCAAUGAAAAAGCUCAAGGGGCUUUACUUGACUUUGCAGUUGGUAGCUAACUUUGAUAACCACUAAAAAAAGCCCCAAGCUACGACAUUGCUAAAGAUAAUUAAAAAGGCUAUGAUCUACACACUGAAAUCAAAUCUUUUGUCACUAGCAACCAUAUAAAAGAAAGAAGGGCAAUAAUAGCAAAAGAGAGCCAUCGGUGGAAAACUCCCAUUCUUAUCAAUAAACCUCCUUUUUCUUAGCCCCACUGGGGCACUUAUAUGGUUUAUUAGAUUAGAUAAGAAAGGCAAAACAAUAACACUAUCCUUCACUUUUCUCUUCGUUCCACAUUGUCGCAUCAAACUAACAAAAAAAAAAAACACUAUUGGAGGAAUUAACAACUGGAAAAUGGUUCACCUUACAAAUUGUGCCGAAAAGAAAUAGCCCAAACUAUUACUCUAAAAACAUUUAUAUAAUCUCUCUACUAUUGUAAAUUAGGAAGCAUAUGCAUAUUCUAUUUUUUUACAAAUGUACUUUUCUAUUAAUGUAACGUUUCAAACGUAUUAUUCCAUUCAAAAUUACUUUAAUUGAUCACUAAAAAAACAUAAAAAUGACCAAAUUGACUGUCACUUAAUAGAUAAAAUUUCGUUUUUUGAUAUAAAAUAUCAAUUUGAUAACUUAAUUUUUUCUUACUUACUUUUUUUAACUGCCACACCAUUUUAUUUAUUUAUUUUUGAUGUGGAAAAGAGGAAAUUUUUUUUAAUAAUUGAGCUAAUUUGGUCUUUUCUCGCCCCUUUUGACGGUCAUUUAACAAAAUUUCACAGCAGAGGGCUAUAUUUAUUAGUUUCCAAUACAGUAAAGUUGAUUUGUAUGGAUAAUUAACAAAUUUAGCUGGAAAAUUAAACUAUGCACGUGCAUGUUGUGAGAAAUAUUUGUCGGCACAAUUUAUUAGGAAAAAAACAUCAUCAACCACAACUUUUGUUGCCAUAAUCUUUCCCCACUGAAUGAACCGACCCUAAACUGCAUAAGUACUUUAGUGGCGCAAUUAGUACUUUACUCUUUAAACUCAGAGUUCUCCACGUACUCCAAAAGCCAACAUAUGAUAACAAAGUCAAACACGAGAUUCACAUUUUUUUCUUUAUACAUUGCAAUUCUUUAAUACAUUUCAAAAGUUCGC